GUGGCUUCAUCGAAGUAGCUCAGUGGUGCCUGCAACCCAACAACUCACUAUCUUUCCUGGCCCCCGCUCCUUUCGGUCAUGACUUGCAGAAUCCUUCUGUUAACAGCCAUGGCCUUGUGUCACGGCUUCAACCUGGAUACUGAAAACCCACUGAUCUUGCAAGGGACCGAGAAGGGCUUUGGGCAAAGCGUGGUCCAGUUCGAAGGCUCCCGGGUGGUAGUUGGAGCCCCCCAGGAGAUAACGGCGCCCAACCAGACAGGCGGCCUCUACCAGUGCGACCACGGCAUGCACAAGUGUGAGCCCAUCCACCUGCAGGUGCCCCCUGAGGCUGUGAACAUGUCCCUGGGCCUGUCCCUGGCAGCUGCCACCAAUCCCUCCCGGCUGCUGGCCUGCGGCCCUACCGUGCAUCAGUUGUGCAAGGAGAACACGUACGUGAAUGGCCUCUGUUUCCUGUUUGGAACCAACCUGCUACAGUCACCCCAGAAGUUCCCGGAGACCCUCAGAAAGUGUCCUCAGCAGGAAAGUGACAUUGCUUUCUUGAUUGAUGGUUCUGGUAGCAUCAACGGAGAAGACUUUGGGAGGAUGAAAGAGUUUGUCUGGACCGUGAUGGAGAAAUUCAGAGACUCCAAAACCUUGUUCUCCUUGAUGCAGUACUCGAAUAUCUUCAAGAUUCACUUCAACUUCGCUGAUUUCAAGAGAAACCCCAACCCCAUUGACCAUGUGAAGUCAAUACAACAGCUGGGGGGCACGACACACACGGCCACGGGAAUCCUCAGAGUCAUGAAUGAACUGUUUGUCAGCAGCAGUGGAGCCAGGCCAAACGCCCUGAAGAUCCUCGUGGUGAUCACAGAUGGAGAAAAGUACGGUGACGAUUUGGAGUAUGACGAUGUCAUCCCGAGGGCAGAGAAGAAGGGGAUCAUUCGCUACGUCAUUGGGGUGGGAGAUGCCUUUAAGAGCCUCCACCAGUUCCAAGAACUUAAUACCAUCGCAUCCAAGCCAGCCGAUGAGCAUGUGUUCCGUGUGAACAACUUCGAAGCCCUGAACACCAUUCAGAAUCAGCUACAGGAGAAGAUCUUUGCAAUUGAGGGUACCCAGUCGGGCAGCAGCAGCUCCUUCGAGCAUGAGAUGUCUCAGGAAGGCUUCAGUGCUGCCUUUACCCCCGAUGACUUGUUACUGGGCUCUGUGGGCAGCUUUGACUGGGCUGGGGGCGCCUUUUUGUACACAUCCAAGAAUGACGUCACCUUCAUCAACAAGACGAGGGUGGAUUCAAAAAUGAAUGAUGCUUACUUGGGUUACGCCUCUGCAGUCAUCUUGCGGAACCGGGUGCAGAGCCUGGUCCUGGGGGCUCCUCGCUAUCAGCACAUCGGUCUGGUGGUGAUAUUCAAAAAGGAUGGUCGCGUUUGGGAGGCCAGUGGUGAAGUCCAAGGCAGUCAGAUUGGUUCCUACUUCGGGGCCUCCCUUUGCUCCGUGGACGUGGAUAGAGAUGGCAACACCGACCUGGUCCUCAUCGGGGCCCCCCACUACUAUGAGGAGACCCGAGGUGGCCAGGUGUCUGUGUGCCUCAUGCCCAAGGGGCAGCGGGCUCGGUGGCGAUGCCAGCAUGUUCUCCGCGGGGAGCAAGGCCACCCCUGGGGCCGCUUUGGAGCAGCCAUGACGGUGUUGGGGGAUGUGAAUGGGGACAAGCUGGCAGAUGUGGCCAUUGGGGCCCCAGGAGAGCAGGAGAACAGAGGGGCUGUCUACUUGUUCCAUGGAGUCCCAAGAUCCAGCAUCAGCUCCUCCCACAGCCAGCGAAUUGCAGGCUCCCAGCUCUACCCCCAGAUCCAGUACUUUGGUCAGUCACUGAGUGGAGGCCAGGACCUCACAAGGGAUGGACUGGUGGACCUGUCUGUGGGGGCCCAGGGACAAGUUCUGCUGCUCAGGUCCCAGCCAGUGCUGAGAGUUGAGGCCUCCAUGGAGUUUAAGCCCAAGGAAGUGGCAAGGAGUGUGUUUGAGUGUCGGGAACAGGAGGCAAAAGCAAAGCCGGCCGGGGAAGCCCGCAUCUGCCUCUGGCUCCGCAAGAAGACGCGGGACCGGCUGCAAGAAGGUGAGAUCCAGGGCACCGCCAUCUACAACCUGACUCUGGACGCCGGGCGCCAGAAACCCAGGGCCAUCUUUGAUAGCACCAAGAACAACACGGAAACGCACACGCGGAUUUUGGGGCUGACCCCCAAGUGUGAGACCCUGCAGUUAUCAUUAUCGGGCUGCGUGGACGACUCCAUGAACCCCAUUGUCCUGCGCCUCAACUUGUCUCUGGUGGGGACACCAGUGGCCUCCUUCGGGAAACUCAGACCCGUGCUGGCUGCGGAUGCUCAGACGCUCUUCACAGGCAUGUUUCCCUUUGAGAAGAACUGUGGCAAUGACAGCAUUUGUCAGGAUGACCUCAGCAUCACCUUCCAUCCCAUGAGAUUGGACACCUUGGUGGUGGGCAGUCCCUGGGACUUCAGUGUGACCCUCACUGUGAGAAACGAGGGGGAGGACUCCUACAAUACGAAGGUGAUCUUCGACCCGAUUGGUUUAUCCUUCCGGAAGGAUGGGAGGGGAGCACGUGUCCUCUGCCCUCUUCCUGGUUGGCUGAUCUGUCAUUCAAGCCUCUCUUCUGAAGGUUCUGGAACUUUGAAGGACAUGACCUGCAACAUCAGCCACCCUAUCUUCCCAGCCCAGUCAGAGGUCACCUUUAACAUCACCUUUUACGUGGAAUCUGAUGCUUACCUGGGAAACAAAUUGCUCCUCAGAGCCCGUGUGACCAGCGAGAACAACAUGCCCAGCACCAGCAAAUCUGUGUCCCAAGUGGAGCUGCCCGUCAAGUAUGCCGUGUACUUGGUGGUCACCAGUGGUGAGGUCUCCACCAAAUAUCUCAACUUCACAGCCUCAGAGAAGAGCUAUCAUAUUAUACAGCAUGAGUAUCAGAUCAAUAACUUGGGCCACAGGAGGCUUCCCAUCAGUGUGGUCUUCUGGGUGCCUGUGCGGCUGAAUGAGAAGACCGUGUGGGACCACCCCUGGCCCAUCUUCCCCCCGAACCUUUCCAGUGUGUGCCACAGUCAGGAGAGACCCCCACCUCGCUCCGACAUCCAGGCUCAGCUGCAGAAGGCUCCGGUGCUGAACUGCUCCAUCGCCAUUUGCCAUAGAAUCCAAUGUGACAUCCCUGCCAUUGGCCACCGGGAGAAGAUCAUCGUCACCUUCCAGGGCAACCUCUCGUUUGACUGGUACAUCAAGACGCCACACAAGCACCUCCUGGUGGUGACCACGGCAGAGAUUAUCUUCAACCAGUCUGCCUACACCUUGCUUCCUGGCCAGGACAUCUUUGUGAGGGCUCAGACGGAGACCAAGGUGGAACCCUACGAAGUCCAUGACCCUGUGCCACUCAUCGUGGGUAGCUCCAUCGGGGGCCUGGUGCUGCUGGCCCUCAUCACUGCUGGCCUCUACAAGCUCGGCUUCUUCAAACGGCAGUACAAGGACAUGAUGGCCGAGGCUGCUCCCCAAGAGGCACCACCUCAGUAGAAGCUGCUCCCCCCACUCCCACCAAGG